AUGUACUCUGCCGCUCAAGCAUCCUCCUCUUCGCAUUCUAACGCCGCCUUCGCCACCGCUGUCGAUGCGCUCCCGACGCCGCAAAUGCCACUCGCUGGCUCAAGCCGUGGACCGAUCAACAAUCAACAAAACUCAAAGAACACAGUCUCGAGACGCCUCUCUCAGGAGGCGCUCGCCGACGCCGACGUGAACAUUCCAUCGGGCUGCGCAAAGGAAUCCAGGCGCGCGGGAAGGGAACAGAGCCUCGAUGCUAUUACCAGCAUUCCCCUCGCGCAGGAGCGCUUUCCAUCUCCGGCAGGCGACAGCGAAGCCGCGGGCCCAUCGAAUUCGACGACGACACUACCGCCGCAUCCCGCCACGCGAGCAGACGGAGAUCAAGCCGUCCACCAGUUCACUUACGUCCACCUCGCGCAGAUCAUGCGAGAGAUCGAAGGCUCUUACGAGCUCGAGGCGCGUCAGGGAGAGGAGAUAAAGACCCUCUCCGAGCAACUGUUCGCUGCGGCAUGGCAGGCGAGCAUGUCGACGCCGCAGGAGAUUCGGCAUCGGUGCCUCGGACGGGUCACCGAUCUGCUGGGAGAGGGAGUGGGGCAGCUCGUAUCCUUCGAUGGGAGGCAUCUGCGGCUGGAAGGAAAACUACCUGAGAGAUCGCCGUCGUGGGACUUCGGGAAUCUGGCACCAGGUCCGGUUUUGUCCCGUGGUGCCGAGCAGAAACGGCGGCGCAAGGAGUCUCGCGAGGAAGUCGUCGCGGCGGAGAGUCUCCCCUCAACGGCCGCCACGAUUGAGCACUCUCUGGACGACGCCGGUCGUCCCAUGAAGCGUCGCCGGCUCGAUACAGAGAACGUGUUUAACACACAGGAGGCAAGCUGGGCGGCCCAGGUAUUUGAGGAAGAGAGCGAGCUCCAGGACGACAGGGGGGAUGGAACGGAUCCCGACAGCGAUGGAACGGAUCCCGAUAGCGACGGGACGGAACCCGACGAUGACGCCGAGGAUCCAGCUCCUCAAGCUUCGACAUCCUCUGCCUCUUCGUCAUCCGCAAACGUUGCCAACCCCGUCGCCACGACACCUCCACAAAGGCCACGUGGCCUGCAACGCGCAAGCACCAGCUACGACCUGUCCUUCAACGAGUCCCUGUCCGCUCUCCCGCCAGCGCCAACGACACCCCGACCCAAACCGAAGAAAAAGGACCGACCCCAGCAUAUACCAGUGCCUUACUCGCAGGCGGCUGGGACCUGGCAGGAGAAAGGGGUGCUUGAAAGGUGUUGGGAUGGUUGGGGGUACAUCGACGGUCGGUUGUACUUGAAUGCGCGGGAAGAGGCGAACCAGGAGAGGAUGGUGACUGAUUGGAUCGACCGCAUCUGA